AUGGCCACUCUUCACUAUCUACCUCCCGUGAAGCCCUCGGCUAUUGCCAUGGGCACGUUCUUCACCCAUACUGCUUCUCUCGGCAUCCUCGCCCCUGUCUUUGGUGACACCUAUCAUCGCGCCCAAGCCGCCAACACCAAAGAAGAGUUUAUCAAAUCUAAAGAGGCUGCUGGGGCCGCGGCGGCCUGGGGUAGUUCGCUGGUCGGGAGUGCUGUGCAGACUUAUGGUGUUGCAGCUUUGAUCAAUGCCACGGGCACCCUAAGCUACAAGGGUGCGGCUUAUUUGGGAAGUCUGGUCUUUAUGGCUAGUUCUGCUCCAAGCCUUAUUAGCCACGUCGUCGCCGAGAAGAGGCCCUUCGAUACUGUUGCUGUAGGCUUGGUCAGCAGGGUGUUCGAGACUGUUGGACUGAGCCUCUUCCUCACGUGGUGGGGAACACGAACGAAUCCCUUUGAUUAA